GCAGAGCACCUUCAACAUCCAUCAACCUUAGUGUCGCAUUCGUCGAUUCUGAGACACCAAACGCAUCCCCCUCUUCCACGCCCUUCCAGCAUAUCCGAACUGUAGAUUUUCAUUGAAUCGUCGCCUCCAUACUCAAAUUUCACAUAUACCGAUUCGAUAAGCACCGCAGCGCCCUUGUCCGACUUUAGCAGCAAACAACCGUCAAUGCCUCCUCGUUUUGAUCGAGGUUGCUCGCCAUCGCGCGCAUCCAACCUGUUAAACUAAGGCCGCGAUCAUGGCCUUUCUCGAAGAUCCGCGCCUGCGGCAGCGCUGGAACCAAAUUACACACGAUGCGGAAGCCGCUACCGAAAACGCAGCCGCCGGGAUCUGGUCUCUCAAAGAACACUACAUCACUCCCUGCUUUGGCUACGUUACCGAUUCUUUCGAGCAAUGCACAACCGUUUGUUUCGGCGAUCCGGAAGAGCGCCGACGCAGACAGCGAGAGCGCGCGCUUGCAAUAGAACGAGCUGAGUUUGGCUUCGACUUUUACGACGACUGGUACGAUGAACACGAGCAAGGAGGCAGCUUCUUUGGUACAUGGGCCGGAGAAGACUGGGAUCGACUGCUUGCUGGAACCGGGAGCCAAAAGCAAAGGGCGCCUGGCGCCGAGACGACUGAUCAACCGAGACGGAAGCGUGGCAUGAGCUACGGCACACGAGGAAGCAGGCGCAAGAGCGGCCAACAGGACCCUACGAUUAUCCCUAGCACACAGCCCAUUGGAUUCCUUAGCAAAUUGCCCUGGAAGAUGGGUGGCACGCUACGGUACAAGCCGAGCGCUGCAGACUUGCAAGAUCACCCCGGAAAAAUCGACAACCCUGAGACGGAGCCGUUGCUGGGCUCAGACGACGAGUCCGACUAUGGAGAAUUGAUCAUGCCCAGACAAAGGAGCAAUACAAAUGGAUCGGGCGGCACUACGGACUCAUUCCGAUCGCGAGGCGAUUUAUUCCCGAGUGAUGGAGAGGGCGACGAAGACGCAGUAGCGCUAGACGACGACGUAACGUUUGACAUGGUUAGAAAGGAUGACCGCAGUACACGGAGCGACCGAACACGAAGCAGCAAAGGCAAGCGGCCUGUGGACCAAUUCGCAGGAUCACGCACCGUUUCAAGGACAACGCUUAACUCGAACUCAUCUUACGAAUCGUUGGCAAUGAAGCGGUCGACAUCAUCAUUGCUCGCUCGAACAUCCAGUGAACUCAUACCCACCAUGACAGACCUGCGGUUGGAAGAGCAGAGGGUCGCCGAAGAGGAGGAGGACGAGGUUAUAAUGAAAAGAGAGGCCGCGGCCGUAUUAGCUGCGGAACGUGGCCUCGACACCAAAGCGCCGCCCCCGCCGCCGCAAGCUGUGCAGCCAGACAAAUCCAACGUUGAGCCAGACGAAGAGUUUCCGAGGCUUCAGUUGCCUACACCGGCUUUGCAGAAUGAAGCUCCUGUCCGACAAAGCCGAUCAGCCGGCCGCCGAGUGUCUAUAAUGACAACACCCAAGCCGGCGCCCCAAGAGUCAACCGAAUUCUUUCCGGCGAGAUUACCGCACUUUGGCCAAUAAUUAGAAAGGAAAUAUAGAGACUUGCUUGCUUCAUGAUUGUAAUUACCGUUGCGGCACUCAGUUACUUUACACGGGCUGGGCUGGUGUAGAAAGGUAGUAGAGAGUUGUGUUUUGGCGUUUUGGGUUUGGCGCCGGGUUAUUUUGUACGAUAGACAGAUUUUAAUGAAUUGAACGACUUGAUAGAAUUGCCACCAUUUUUUUAUUCUUUCA